CGUGAAAGAAUAAACAACCCUCGUUAGCAAAACCAAACAAAGCCAUAAACUACUCCAUAGUUUUCUCUUUUAAAAGUUCCCCUUGCCUCCAUGUGAUCAGCUCACUGUCAGAGAUUAAAAUUACUGUUACAGUCGAAAAAAGCAGCCAAAAAUCUAAUUUCACCAGUUUUCCCUACUAAUUUCUACAUUUUCAAUUGAAUUUCUAGAACAAAAUUCCCAAAAUCUCGCAUUUCCCCAGUAAGGAACCACUCUCACUUUUUCUGGUUGAGCAACGAGAUUCAAGUAUAGGUUUCUAGAUUGUGGGAGAACCCAGAUUAUUUGGGGAUGAUGGAUUUUGAAAUCUAGGGCAUUUUUUUUUCUUUUGGGUGAAGUAUUGGAGAGUGAAAGAUAGUCUGGGUGACGAGAUGAAGGAUGUGGUUGGAAGUCCAGGUACAAAGACUGGAUUAAUGUUAAGAAUUGGGCAAUGUGGAUUUGCUGCUGCUUCCAUUGCUUUUAUGGUUUGUGCUGCUGGAUUUGCUUCCUACACUGCUUUCUGCUAUUUGAUUGCAUCUAUGGGGCUUCAAGUGCUAUGGAGCUUUGGACUUGCUUGUCUGGAUGUCUAUGCCCUGAAGAUAAAGAGAGACCUUCAGAGCCCUGUCUUAGUGAGCCUAUUUGUUGUUGGCGACUGGGUAACAGCUACUUUAUCACUCGCUGCCGCAUGCUCAUCAGCAGGAAUUGUGGUUUUGUAUUCCAAUGAUCUUAGCCUCUGCAGGUCAGAACAUCUGCCGUGUUCCAAGUACCAGUUGUCUGUAACGUUUGCCUUCAUCACCUGGUUUCUUAUUGCCUUGUCUUCAUAUCUGAUGUUAUGGAUUUUGGCUUCUGUCUGAAAUCUAAAUUGACCAUAUGACAACAGCUUGUGACAUGAGUCCAAUUCUCUUCUAUCUAAUGUGUAAAUGUGCCCCUUUUUUCACUCUUAUUUUUAUCCUUAUCCUCCAGUGUAUGCUUCUGAGUUUUGACACCUUAUUAAGGUGAUUUUAUAAGCAUUGAUUUGAAAUGACAAAAAAUAUUUCCGAUGCUUUCAUUAGAGA